UUCCUGCUGUUAGGAGCAGAUCCGCCCUGUCUCCCCCCCCCCCAACCACUGCCCGUGGAUCUCGUGUGCUGUGCUGCUGAGUGGUACAAGCCGGUUAGCAUGCCACUCAAACGCGGAUUCUGCUGCAAAUAAAUCCCGAUCGUGAUCACGCAACGCCGUAUAUCUGCAAUUGGAGCGAAGGCCUGGUUGCGCAGAAAUAUUGGCGCCGCGGAGGGAGCGGGUUGGUGGAUAGAGGGGUGCGUGGCGGUGGGAAGUGCUUUCCUAACCAAAUCCUCCAGAACAUGGCGGAGCACCACACCGCCUCCGACUGCAAGCACAAAGCGAGCUCCAACGCCGGAGGUUCGGUCUCCGGGAACGGACGACCCAACUCCCCGGCUGGAUGCAGCGGAGGAGGCCUUUCCGGAGGACUGACGCAGCCGGCGGGAUGGCAGUCUUUGCUGUCGUUCACCAUUCUCUUUCUGGCCUGGCUGGCAGGGUUCAGCUCGCGACUUUUCGCAGUUAUUCGCUUCGAGAGCAUCAUUCACGAGUUUGACCCUUGGUUCAACUACAGAUCAACUCAUCAUCUCACCACUAAUGGUUUUUAUGAGUUCCUCAACUGGUUUGACGAGAGGGCCUGGUACCCACUGGGCAGAAUAGUAGGAGGAACGGUGUAUCCUGGUCUGAUGGUGACGGCGGGCCUGAUUCACUAUGUACUGAAUCUGCUUCAUGUGACGGUGCAUAUACGUGAUGUUUGUGUGUUCCUGGCUCCUGUCUUCAGUGGCUUGACUGCCAUUUCUACUUUCCUGUUGACGCGGGAGCUGUGGAACCAGGGCGCUGGACUAUUGGCAGCGUGUUUCAUCGCCAUUGUACCAGGCUACAUUUCCCGCUCUGUGGCUGGCUCUUUUGACAACGAGGGCAUUGCCAUUUUUGCCUUGCAGUUUACUUACUACUUAUGGGUGAAAUCAGUGAAAACUGGCUCUGUCUUCUGGGCCAUCGGCUGCUGCCUCUCCUACUUUUACAUGGUGUCUGCAUGGGGAGGAUACGUCUUCAUCAUCAACCUUAUUCCUCUCCAUGUUUUCGUGCUGCUCCUUAUGCAGCGCUACAGCAGGAGGCUAUACAUUGCCUACAGCACCUUUUAUAUAGUGGGAUUGGUGCUGUCCAUGCAGAUCCCCUUUGUUGGUUUCCAGCCCAUCCGGACGAGUGAACACAUGGCUGCUGCAGGUGUAUUCGCAUUGCUUCAGGCUUACGCUUUCCUGCAGUAUCUGAAGGACAGACUCACCAGACAAGAGUUCCAGACACUGUUCUUUCUAGGCGUUUCUCUGGCUGCGGGGGUGGUUUUCCUUACGGUUAUUUAUCUUACGUACACAGGGUACAUUGCUCCUUGGAGUGGGCGUUUUUACUCUCUCUGGGACACUGGAUAUGCAAAGAUCCACAUCCCUAUCAUCGCCUCAGUGUCUGAGCACCAGCCCACAACCUGGGUUUCUUUCUUCUUUGACCUGCACAUCCUGGUCUGCACCUUCCCAGCAGGCCUCUGGUUCUGCAUCAAGAACAUCAACGAUGAGCGAGUCUUCGUGGCUCUGUAUGCCAUCAGCGCAGUCUACUUUGCUGGAGUGAUGGUGCGUCUGAUGCUGACACUCACUCCAGUGGUUUGCAUGCUCUCGGCCAUCGCCUUCUCCAGCGUCUUCGAGCACUACCUAGGGGACGAUUUGAAGCGUGAAAACCCACCGGCUGAGGACAGCAGUGAUGAGGAUGACAAGAGGAAUCAGGGCAACCUCUAUGAUAAGGCCGGUAAAGUCCGAAAGCAUGUGUCUGAGCAGGACCGUCCAGAAGAGGGUUUGGGCCCGAACAUCAGAAGCAUCGUGACCAUGUUAAUGCUGAUGCUCUUGAUGAUGUUCGCGGUGCACUGCACAUGGGUCACCAGCAACGCCUACUCCAGUCCCAGUGUCGUGCUGGCAUCAUACAACCAUGACGGAUCACGGAACAUUCUGGAUGAUUUCCGUGAAGCGUAUUACUGGCUCAGGCAGAAUACAGAUGAGCACGCUCGAGUGAUGUCCUGGUGGGACUAUGGUUAUCAGAUCGCAGGCAUGGCCAACCGCACCACACUGGUGGACAACAACACGUGGAAUAACAGCCACAUAGCACUGGUGGGAAAAGCAAUGUCCUCCAACGAGAGUGCAGCCUAUGAAAUUAUGAAGUCGCUGGAUGUGGAUUAUGUUCUGAUUAUCUUUGGAGGAGUGAUAGGAUAUUCGGGAGAUGAUAUCAACAAGUUUUUGUGGAUGGUGCGCAUUGCUGAAGGAGAGCACCCUAAAGACAUUCGGGAAAGUGAUUACUUUACACCGCAGGGAGAGUUUCGGGUUGAUAAAGCUGGAUCUCCCACCCUGCUCAACUGCCUGAUGUACAAGAUGUCUUACUACCGCUUUGGGGAAAUGCAACUGGACUUCCGCACACCUCCUGGAUUUGACCGGACGAGAAAUGCGGAGAUCGGCAAUAAGGACAUCCGUCUGAAGCACCUGGAAGAGGCCUUCACCUCAGAGCACUGGCUGGUGCGCAUCUACAGGGUGAAGAAGCAGGAGAACCGGCAGACUCUGGACCACAAGCUCCGCAACAUCGCAGCCAAGCAGAAGUACACCUCAAAAAAGACAGCCAAGAGGAAGCGGGGGCACAUCAAAAACAAGCUGGCUCUGAAAAAAGGCAAGAAACUGAACAAGAAGUCUGUUUAGCUGUUGAAUGCGAAUGUUGAGAACGGAAAACGAGGAAAACAAAAGACAAGGACCGAUGCAACUAGUAAGUAAUCCACCAAUCAAAAAGAAGAACAAGCAAACAUGUUGUCUGGCUCCGCCCACCUGCCGACGUUUGGUUGGAGGCUUUUGAUCCUGCGAUUGCCAUGACGACACUGAGGUUCAUGACUGGGUUGAGGAGGAGGAUCUGCACCGCGGUUUUAAUCUGACAACUCUGGACUUUGUUUUUCUUCUUGUGUUUAUUUUGUUUGUUUUGCUUUUGUACUUGAAUGUUCUGGUGAAGCGAGAGCUCUAAAAACGGCAGGCACUAUUUUGUGGUACAGUUUAAUAAUAGUAUCCAACCGAAUGCUAAAACAACAAACACAUGAAUUUCAUUGAGCUCAGUGAACCUUGGAGCACCAAAGAGAUUUAGUUUUGUUUUUAGUUUUCUUUUUUUUUGUCGGAGCCUGUGAUAAAUUGUUACCUUUUUGAUUCAAACACAAUUACAAAUAAAAGAUGCGAGGAGCCGUCUACAUUUGGACAGCCCCUUUCAAUGCUCUCUUGGUUUUAAAUGUUACCUAACAAACCCGUUUCUCAUGACACAAUGCAGUGAGUCUCUCUGGCUCUCAAGUUGUGAGGGUUUUUUUGUUCUCCUAUAAGUCAUUGCAAAGGACUCGAUUGUUAGUCAUGUUUAACUAUUGUGGUCAUUUUCAAUAUAAAUAAUUUAGUUCUUUACAUCUUUUGCUUUUUUUUCUAUUGGUUGUAAGAUUUUAUGCAAUAAUUCUAAAUGAAGAAGAAUCCGCUUUUAUUUCCUUAUUUGCUCCUGUGUUUGGUCCAGAGGGGGCGCUGUGGCAUCUCCUGCGCACAUUAAUCGAAGAACAGAUGGUUUGUUUUUGUUUUUCUCGGGCCAAUUUGACAUUGAAUCCCCCCCCUCCCCCCACCCACAUUCUUAAACGACUGUCUGCCAGGACAAAGAGUGAAUUGAAUUAGUUGUAGGUUUAUAAAAUGCUGCAUUACUAGCCUGAAUGCACUUUGUCUUAGUUCACCUUAAUGUGGAUCCACUACUGAGUAGCAUGCAGGUGGAGAGUGCGUAUUUUUAGUGUGAAUAUUCAACCUUUUGUUUUAUGUUGAAAAGGGCGCUUCCUGUAACAUCUGAUGGGUUUUUCUGUUCUCGGUUCAUCUGACAUUUUCUUUCUUUGUUUGAUUUUUCCUUUUUGUCUGAUUUUCUGCCUUUCUGGAUAUCCACCUUUUGUGUUUUUUUUGUAAAGUAAUUCAAAGAAAAAUCUGAUCAGUUUUUCCAUCUCUUCUCCAUAACAUAUCUAUAUUAAUUUUCAUGGAGGGCUCUGAAUCUUACGGGAAGGUAUUUAUUAACAUGAAUAAAUCUGAAGUUCAGAAGAGGAAGCUUUUCAUCUGGAAAUGCAAAAACUGUCUUUUUUUUUUUCCAAGUGAAAAUUUAUUCCAUAAAUUGUAAAAUAAACUUUAAAAAAAAAAAAAAAAAAACGUGAGAGAAAGGCAAAGAUGCUGUUUGUGAGAAUGAGUUGAUGCCAUUUGUGAUUAAAAGACUCAAUGACA